AUGAAUUUGCGCGGUGUGUCAAGGCUGUUUCAAGUUCAUGCCUUGGUAGUUAUUGAAAGGAUUCUGCUAAAUCGUCGAUUGUUUGUGUUAUUUUCAUUAUUCGGUAGUUUAUCACUUCUGAUUUUUAUAUUUUAUGCUAAUAAAUGGUUUCUAAAUUAUCAUUAUACAAAUUGUUUUAUGUCGGCAAAACAGUUCUCGAAAACAGAUAAUUAUUCAUUCAUCAAUAACAACAAUGCUCAUGGUACGGACAGUAAUAUCAAGCCAUAUCCUGUUGUUGUCUACAACAGAAUCCCUAAAACAGGUAGCACAUCUUUAAUAAACUUAGUCUAUCAAUUAAUUGAAGAGAAUUACAGUCAUACACAUGUGAUACACUUGAACAUUUCUUCAAAUAAACAUUAUUUAAAUCGUGUAAAUGAAUUAUAUCUUAUAGAUAAUUUGACACAUUGGACCAGUAUGCAUCCACUGAUUAUACAUGGGCAUUUCGCUUAUAUAAAUUUUAUCAAAUAUGGAUCAUUGUUUAACCCAAUAUAUAUUAAUAUGAUAAGAAAUCCACUAGACAGAUUAGUGUCUUAUUAUUACUUUCUACGAUAUGGUGAUGAUUAUAGGCCAUAUCUGAUACGUAAACGUAUGUUUGAUAUUGUGACUCGCAACCAAACAUUUGAUGAAUGUGUUCUUGUAAAUGGUAGUGAUUGUAGCCCACAACUUCUAUGGGUCCAAGUACCGUUUUUCUGCGGUCAAGCAGCGUAUUGCAGAAUCCCUGGUAAUCCAGUUGCUGUAGAAACUGCUAAACGUCGUGUGAUUGAAGAUUAUCUUAUUGUUGGCCUGACAGAAGAAUUUGAUAAAUUUGUCGACUUGCUAGAAAUACUUUUACCAUCAUUCUUUACCGGUGCUCAUAAUCUAAUAUCUCGUUCAAAGGAUAAAUGGCAUCUAAGACGCACAAAUUAUAAAUUGCCAAUUAGUAAAGCAACAACUAAAAUAUAUCAGGACAAUCCGAUUUGGCAAGCUGAACAAGAGUUUUACAACUUUGUUCGUACAGAAUUUCAUACAAUACUCAGUGCUCUCCAAGGACAGUUUUCACACCAACCACUUUCAAAAUUUUCUGCAUUGUAUAAAGAAAAAAUUAAUUUUGAUAAAAUUCGCCCAAAAUUUGGCGCUUAA